ACCACAAGUCUCAGCGCGGAUUGCCGGAUCCUUCCAGGAUGAAGGUUGUGCAGAGAUUACUUUGUCUUCUGGCGCCUCUCAUAGUAACAGCACGCGCUCUUACCUGCACAUCUUGUGUGUGUCUGAAUGAGGUGACCCCAACGUGUACGAAUUCUUCAGCGGUCCAAUGUUCUCCCUCUGAAGUCUGCGCCACCACAUACCGGAAAACCACCUCCCAGAAUGGCAAAGUAACCUAUGACAUCAUCAGAGCCUGCGCACCAAAAGACAAGUGCGAUAAGGUCGGAGGACUCUCCUCUUAUAAUGUCAGGAUGACUAUGGGCAUAGGAUGCUGCUCCACCGACAGAUGUGCCCCGAAUCUGCCGCAGCUGACACAGGACACUUCUGCCUACAAUGACGUCCAAUGUAGCACCUGCUCCUCCUCCCAGUCUACGAUCUGUCAGACAAUAGGGAAUAUGACGUGUACCGGACAGGAGACUCGCUGCGUCACCUACUCAAUGAGCGGUACAGGACACGCUCUUAUGUGCACAUCCUGUGUGUCUCUGAACGCGUGUGAGCUGAACUGUACUAGUGAUUCAACCGUGCAAUGUUCUUCCUCUGAGCUCUGCGCCACCGCAUACCGGAAAAAAUCUCACAAUGGAAAAAUAACCUAUGACAUCAUCAGAGCCUGCGCACCAAAAGACAAGUGCGAUAAGGUUGGAGGCCUCUCCUCUUCUAAUGUCAAGAUGACUAUGGGCAUAGGAUGCUGCUCCACCGACAGAUGUGCCCCGGUUCUGCCGCAGUGUGAGUGA